UCUGACAUUCUUUAUCCAGGGCAAUUCGGGUUAUUUUACUUAUUAAACCAGAAAAUUAGAUAAAAAUACAAAGUGAUCACUUAAAAAAGGAUUAAAAACUAACAGGCUCCAGUGUUUAUGAUAAAUAUCUUGAAGGGCAUUUUGUGUCCCGCUGGUUUCACCUCGACUGAUCUCGGGUUUCAAAGCGGAACUCGAGUUGACUUUGGGUGUUUGUUUCCACACGAGCGAAUAAUCUCGGUUAUCAUCGUUACGUCGCGGAGAUGGCAGCGUUGCGGACGGCACUCCAUGGACGACUUACUCAAGCCCUUCCUUUCUCCUUCGGCUCCCUGCGGUUAGCCAGCUCCUUUAAGGCUGCAGAUCUGGCCAUCGAACGCAGCACGGCAUGCAAGCCGAAGCCCGAGCCGUCCAGCUUGGUGUUCGGCAAGCAGUUCUCCGACCACAUGUUGACCAUCAACUGGUCGGAGAAGGAGGGCUGGGAGGCUCCUCAGAUCAAACCUUUCCAGAACCUGUCGCUGCACCCGGCCAGCUCCGCACUGCACUACUCCAUAGAGCUGUUUGAGGGCAUGAAGGCGUUCCGUGGAGUUGACAACCACAUCCGUCUGUUCAGACCGAUGCUGAACAUGGAUAGGAUGCAUCGCAGCGCCGACAGAAGCUGCCUCCCCCUCUUUGAUAAAGCCGAGCUGCUGGAGUGCAUCAGGAAGCUGGUGGAGGUGGACCAGGAGUGGGUCCCCUACUCUCAGGACGCCAGCCUCUAUAUCAGACCCACCUUCAUCGGUAUCGAGCCGUCUCUCGGUGUCUCUCGGGCAGGAAAAGCUAUGAUCUUUGUCAUCGUCAGCCCAGUGGGACCGUACUUCGCCACAGGAUCCUUCAACCCAGUUUCCCUGCUGGCAGAUCCGGCGUUCGUCAGAGCCUGGCAGGGAGGAGUCGGAGCCUACAAGAUGGGAGGUAACUACGGUCCUACAAUAGCGGUACAGCACGAGGCGGUGAAACGAGGCUGCCAGCAGGUUCUGUGGCUUUACGGAGAGCAGGAAGAGAUCACCGAGGUUGGCACCAUGAACCUCUUCAUCUACUGGACCAAUGAGAAAGGAGAAAGAGAGCUGGUGACUCCCCCUCUGGACGGCAUUAUUCUACCAGGAGUCACCAGACAGUCUCUGCUGGACCUGGCCAGAGGAUGGGGUGAGUUCCGUGUAAGGGAAAUGUAG